AUCAUUCUGCUACAGCCUCGUCUACCGGCUUGUAGACUGCAUUUUACUACUUCCCUCUCUUUCUCUGUCUUUCCUGUCAUCAUCCACUCGUUUCUGCAUCUUUUGCAGGGAUGGCGGAGCUGGAGGGCUUCGAGUUCGGCAAGUCGGACUUUGUACUCCUGGACGAGGUGACCAUGGAGCAGUUCCUGGAGAAUCUGAAGCUCAGGUUUGAGAAAGGCCGAAUCUACACGUUUAUCGGAGAAGUGGUGGUGUCCGUGAAUCCCUACAGGCAGAUGGACAUCUAUGGGGAGGAGGUCGUUGGUGCGUACAGAGGGAGAGAGCUGUACGAAAACCCUCCUCACCUCUACGCAGUGGCUGAUGCGGCCUACAAAGCCAUGAAGAGAAGAGCGAAAGACACCUGCAUUGUCAUUUCAGGUGAAAGUGGAGCGGGGAAGACAGAAGCCAGUAAAUACAUCAUGCAUUAUAUAGCAGCUAUCACCAACCCCAGCCAAAGGGAAGAAGUUGAGAGUGUGAAAAAUGUGCUCCUGAAAUCCAACUGUGUUUUGGAGGCAUUCGGGAACGCCAAGACCAACCGUAACGACAACUCGAGCCGGUUUGGGAAGUACAUGGAUAUUAACUUUAACUUCAAUGGAGAUCCAACUGGAGGACACAUUAACAAUUACCUGCUGGAAAAGUCAAGGGUCAUACAACAGCAAGAAGGAGAGAGAAACUUCCACUCAUUCUAUCAGCUGUUACGUGGAGGUUCUGAUGAUCUUGUGAAGUCCCUCCGUCUUAACAACGAUCCUUCGAAGUACUUGUACACCAAGCAGGGUGCCUUAGUCACUUCUUCCACUGAUGAUCGGCGUAGCCACAGAGAGGUGAUGCGUGCGCUCCAGGUGAUCGGCUUCAGUCAGGAAGAAAUUAACUCUAUCUAUAAAAUCCUGGCCACCAUUCUCCUCCUGGGGAACCUGCAGUUUGUGAGUGAUGGAGAGAGCGUGGAGGUGGUCGGAGGUGACGCAGUGACUCACAUCUCUGAGCUCACUUCCUCCGAGGAUGAGAGUGUGUAUAAAACCUUGCUGUAUCGUACAGUGGCUACGGGGGGCGGCGAGGUCAUCUCCAAAGGGCACAGCGAGCAGGAGGCCAGCUAUGGCCGAGACGCUUUCGCUAAGGCUUUAUAUGAACGGUUAUUUGGGUGGAUUGUUGGUCGAAUUAACAGAGUUAUUGAGGUGAAGGACUACAACCCAGCUCUGCAUGGCAAAAACACAGUGAUCGGAGUGCUGGAUAUUUAUGGCUUUGAGAUUUUUGACAAUAACAGUUUUGAGCAGUUUUGUAUUAACUACUGUAACGAGAAGCUACAGCAACUUUUCAUUGAGCUCAUCCUGAGACAGGAGCAGGAGGAAUACCACAGAGAGGGAAUCACUUGGCAACAUAUCGAAUACUUCAAUAACCAAAUCAUCGUGGAUCUAGUGGAGCAGCCGCACAAGGGCAUCAUCUCCAUACUGGACGAGGCCUGCCUCACUGUCGGAAAAGUCACAGACACCGUCUGCCUGGAGAGCAUGAACAACAAGCUCUGCCAGCACCCUCACUACACGUCCCGCAAGCUGUGUACCACUGACAAGAGCAUGGAGUUUAAUCGUCAUUUCCGCAUCCGACACUACGCUGGUGAUGUCACAUACUCAGUUGAAGGAUUUCUGGACAAGAACAAGGAUCCACUUUUCCAGGAUUUUAAACGUUUGAUGUAUAACAGUUCAGACCCGGUGCUUAAGGACAUGUGGCCUGAUGGAAAGCUGGGCAUUACGGAGGUGACCAAGCGGCCUCUAACUGCUGCGACACUCUUCAAGAACUCCAUCAUCGCCCUGAUUGAUAAACUCGCCUGCAAGGAGCCGUACUACGUGCGCUGCAUUAAACCCAACGAAUUAAAGUCUCCGAUGCUGUUCGACGAGGCACGGUGUCAGCAUCAGGUGGCUUACCUUGGCCUGCUGGAGAAUGUUCGUGUUCGCAGAGCGGGCUUCGCGUACAGACAGCCCUACGAGCGCUUCCUGCAGAGGUAUAAGAUGACAUGCGAGUACACGUGGCCCAAUCAUCUGAUGGGAAGUGACCGCGAGGCCGUGGAAGCCAUCAUCGUCCAGCACGGCUUUGAAGAGGACGUGGCGUACGGACACAACAAACUGUUUGUGCGGACUCCUCGCUCUCUCUUCACACUGGAGCAGGAGAGAGCUGCACUCAUUCCCAUUCUUGUUCUUUUCCUGCAGAAGGUGUGGCGCGGAGCAUUGGGACGGAUGCGAUGUCGGCGCAUGCGGGCGAUCUACACCAUAAUGGGAUGCUAUAAGCGCUACAAAGUAAAGGCUCACUUCUGGGAGGUGGAGAGACGCUUUGAAAACGUGCGCAACAUGGAGGACUAUGGGAAGAGCGUGGAGUGGCCAACUCCACCAGCUGCCCUGCUACAGUUCCACAAAAUCACACAACACCUACAUUGCAGAUGGAGAGCGAGACGGAUCGUAAAGAACAUCCCUCCAUCCGAUAUGGCGGAGGUGCGGGCGAAAGUGGCAGCUAUGAGCGCUCUGAGAGGAGAGAGAGUGGACUGGGGAUACAACCGAGCCUGGGAGAGAGACUACCUUGCCAGCGCAAAAGAUUCUCCUUUAACCAGCUCAAAUUUUAUCAGAAUCACCAAAGAGUUGAAAAAUAAAGACCAGUUCAGCCAAAUCCUCUUCUCUAGCUUUGUCAGGAUGCUGAACUGGUUCAAUAACACAAAGGACAGAGCUCUUCUCAUCACAGACAAGCACAUCUAUAGACUAGAACCCAAAAAGCACUUUAAAGUGCAGAAACGAAUAUCAAUAGAGACUGUUACCGGUUUAAGCGUAACGAGUGGUUCGGACCAGAUGGUGGCGCUACACACUGUGUCUCGAGAUGAUGUGUUGCUACAUCUGCAGAGGGGUCAGCUGGUGCCAAAGCAGGACCGUCUUGGGGAACUGGUCGGCACGUUGUGUGAUCACUUUGCACGGGUGAGAAACACUCCUCUGACGGUUAACGUGUGCUCCAGCGACGUCCAUGUGCACCUGAGCGGUAAAGCGAAGAGCGUGACGGUGGAAACGAGGAACGGACAAACCACAGUAGACUUCAAGAAAAGUCGCUCAGGAUUCACUUUAUUGCUUCCUCCGCAGUGAAAAGGCAUCUGAUUGAAAGAAUGACUCUGACUCAAUGCUUGCUAUCAUUAAAACCUCACGGACAUCAUCUUCUCUUAAUGAGAAGAGCUGAAUUAUUAUCCCAAAGGUUGCACUUUUCCUAUGAAUAUUAAUAGCUUCUUUUAAUUAGCAGAAAAAUUAGCUAGUUUUCCAUAAUCAUUUAUAUACAGUACAUAUAUAUAUAAAAAAAUAGCAUUGCUAUAGGACGUCAUGUUCUUAAUAUGACCGGAGCAGUAUUUAUAAUUUUGUGCACUUUGUAUAGACUGAUAAAUGAGCUUGGAUUGUUUUGAACAUUUACACCUAGUAUUAAAAUUUUAACAGAGCUACUCUAUUUAUCAUAAUUUUAUAAAAGCGAGAUGAAGAUCGAUUCUCAUCGAGUCUCAUGAAAGGGUACAAAGCAUUAGACCACAGCGUUGUUGAGUUCUCAAAUCUGAUUGGUCAGAAUGUUAUAAGGUUAUAAUUAAAAAAAAGCACAGUUUUAUAUGAAUUCAUUCAUUCAUUAAACAUUAUCGUCUGUAUAUUAA